GCAAUUCCUCAUACCUUCAAAUAAUCAAGUAGCCGACCCCAUAUGGGCCUGGGCCGUGAAUGAUGGACUUUGUAACUUGGGAAAGUACGAAUAAAGUAGGCAAUUUUUUUUUCUCCUAUUUGGUUGGUUCUCUUUCGGUUCUCCCAUAGCCCAAGUGCAACUCUUCAAAUCCUGCAGCUCGAAAGCUGUUUUCCCUCCUGUUGUUUUCUUCCCUCGCUCUUCAUGCUUGGGGACUCUUUCGCCUUAGCGCACGUUAUCCAGACCUAUGCACAAAAUAGACAGCUAAGCAGAGGGAAACAGCUUCACGCUCGGCUAAUUCGUGCCGGUAAUCAAUUAUGCAUCUUCGUCAGCAAUCACCUCCUAAACAUGUAUGCGAAGUGCGGAGAACUUGGCUAUGCUCUCAACCUGUUCGAUACGAUGCCUCAAAGAAACCUGGUUUCUUGGACUGCUUUGAUUUCUGGUUUUUCCCAGAAUGGGAGAUUUCUGGAAGCACUGAGAACCUUUGUUCUAAUGCGAGGUGCAGGAGAGAAGCCGACCCAGUUUGCAUUUUCGAGUGUAAUUCAGUCUUCUGCCUCGUUGGGGUUGAUCGAAUUUGGAAAACAAUUGCAUUCUCUUAGUGUAAAAUCGGGGUUUUGUAAUGAAUUAUAUGUGGGUAGUAAUCUUGCUGAUAUGUAUUCUAAGUGUGGGGUUCUGGCCGAUGCUUGCCGAGUUUUUGAUGAAAUGCCAUGUAAAGAUGAGGUUUCAUGGACGGCGAUGAUUGAUGGGUAUACCAAGAAUGGAAAUUUUGAGGAAGCUUUGUUAUCUUUCAAGAAGAUGAGUGGCGAAGGGGUUACCAUUGACCAACAUGUCUUUUGUAGCACCUUAGGUUCUUGUGGGGCUCUCAAGGCUUCCAAGAUUGGGAUGUCUCUUCAUUCAUCUAUAGUGAAAUUAGGAUUUGAAUCAGAGAUUUUUGUGGGGAAUGCACUUACUGAUAUGUACUCCAAAGCAGGGGAUAUGGAAAGUGCUUUAUCUGUGUUUGGGCUUGACUCAGAACAUAUGAAUGUGGUGUCAUGUACUUCUCUGAUUGAUGGAUAUGUAGAGACAAAUCAAACUGACAAGGCUUUGAGUAUUUUUAUUGAGUUGAAGAAGCAGGGAAUUGAGCCUAAUGAGUUCACUUUCUCUAGUUUGAUUAAGGCAUGUUCUAGCCAAGCCGCACUUGAUCAAGGGACUCRGCUUCAUGCCCAAGUGAUAAAAACCCAUUUUGAGAAAGACCCGUUUGUCUCUUCUGUCCUUGUAGAUAUGUAUGGAAAAUGUGGACUGCUCGAUUAUUCAGUUCAGGUGUUUGAUGAGAUCACACACCCCACUGAGAUUGCUUGGAAUUCAUUGUUGGGAGUGUUUGCUCAGCAUGGUUUAGGCCAGGAGGCUAUUAGAAUUUUUGGUUCAAUGGUUUACAGAGGAAUUAAACCAAAUGAAAUCACAUUCAUUAGUCUUUUGACAGGUUGUAGCCAUGCUGGGUUGGUAGACGAAGGUCUUUAUUACUUCCAUUCCAUGGACAAAACUUAUGGUAUAAAACCUAGGCAAGAACACUAUUCCUGUGUUAUUGAUUUGCUUGGUCGUGCUGGAAGGCUCAAAGAAGCUGAGGAUUUUAUAAAUAGCAUGCCAUUUGAGCCAAAUGCAUUUGGAUGGUGUUCUUUCCUUGGGGCUUGCAGGACACAUGGGGAUAGGGAGAGGGGGGAGCUUGCUGCAGAGAAACUGAUGAAGCUUGAGCCCGAGAACAGUGGCACUCAUGUCUUGCUUUCGAACAUCUAUGCUGCAGCAGGGCAAUGGGAAGAUGUCAGGAGUGUGAGAAAAAUGAUGAGGGGUGGCAAGGUGAAGAAGUUGCCUGGUUAUAGUUGGGUUGAUAUUGGUAAUAAAACUCAUGUGUUUGGAGCAGAGGACUGGUCUCAUCCUCAGAUGAAAGAAAUUUAUGAGAAGCUUGUGAAUCUUCUCAAUCAAAUCCAAGAAGCUGGAUAUGUUCCUGAUACAAGCUCUAUUCCAUUUGAUAUGGAAGAGCAUAUGAAAGAGAGGCUUCUCCAUCAUCACAGUGAGAGAAUAGCUGUUGCGUUUGCAUUAAUAAGCAUGCCUGCAGGGAAGCCUAUCAUUGUAAAGAAAAACAUUAGGAUCUGUGCAGAUUGCCAUUCUGCCAUCAAGUUUAUUUCUAAAGUUGUUGGAAGAAAGAUUAUUGUCAGGGAUAAUACUAGAUUCCACCAUUUUAUAGAUGGAUCUUGUUCCUGCGGAGAUUACUGGUAGGAGCUUGAAGACUGGUGAAGUUGCUGGCUCAUUGGAUUUGGUGGUAUAGACCUGUUCUUUUUUUAAUGGAUGGACCUAGGGUCUAUGCUAUCUAAUGGCUUCUAUAAGUACGGAUUUUGUUGUCUAACCCAACAUGUAACUGACAAUCAGAGGCUGCAUGAAUGGAUUAUCUAAUGACUUCCAUAAA